GGAGGCGGCGGCGGCCGUAGCCGCUGCCUGAGAGUUGUUGUUUCCUCCUCCUCCUCCUCCGCCUCCGCCGCCGUUGCUUGAAUGGUGGAGCCGAGGCUGGGCUCGUGAACACACACUGACAGCUAUAGGGCAGGCGGCGGCACCAUCCCCGCUUCCCCUCGGCGGCGGGGUGUCCCGCCGGCGGCCCUGAAGUGACCCAUAAACAUGUCUUGUGAGAGGAAAGGCCUCUCGGAGCUGCGAUCGGAGCUCUACUUCCUCAUCGCCCGGUUCCUGGAAGAUGGACCCUGUCAGCAGGCGGCUCAGGUACGGCGGCGCGCGGCGCGCGAAAAACAUCUUUAUUUGAGAAGAACCUUCAAAACAGGGCAAGAUAGAGUUAAGUACUACAGACUGCUGGUGAAGUAUUACAGACAUUUAGCACCUGAUCACUUGCUGCAAAUAUGUCAUCGGCUAGGACCUCUUCUUGAACAAGAAAUUCCACAAAGCGUUCCUGGAGUACAAACUUUAUUAGGAGCUGGAAGACAGUCCUUGCUACGCACAAAUAAAAGCUGCAAGCAUGUUGUGUGGAAAGGAUCUGCUCUGGCUGCAUUGCAUUGUGGAAGACCACCUGAGUCACCAAUUAACUAUGGUAGCCCACCCAGCAUUGCGGAUACUUUGUUUUCACGGAAGCUGAAUGGGAAAUACAGGCUUGAGCGACUUGUUCCAACAGCGGUCUAUCAGCACAUGAAAAUGCAUAAGCGAAUUCUUGGACACUUGUCAUCUGUCUACUGUGUAACUUUUGAUAGAACUGGCAGACGGAUAUUUACUGGUUCUGAUGACUGCCUUGUGAAAAUCUGGGCAACAGAUGAUGGAAGAUUAUUAGCUACUUUAAGAGGACACGCUGCUGAAAUAUCAGACAUGGCUGUAAACUAUGAGAAUACCAUGAUAGCAGCUGGAAGUUGUGAUAAAAUGAUCCGAGUCUGGUGUCUUCGAACAUGUGCACCUUUGGCUGUUCUUCAAGGCCACAGUGCAUCUAUAACAUCACUACAGUUCUCACCAUUGUGCAGUGGCUCAAAGAGAUAUCUAUCUUCUACAGGGGCAGAUGGCACUAUUUGUUUUUGGCUGUGGGAUGCUGGAACCCUUAAAAUAAAUCCAAGACCUGCUAAAUUUACAGAGCGCCCUCGGCCUGGAGUUCAAAUGAUCUGUUCUUCUUUUAGUGCUGGUGGCAUGUUUCUGGCCACAGGAAGCACGGAUCAUAUUAUUCGGGUUUAUUUUUUUGGAUCAGGUCAGCCAGAGAAAAUAUCAGAAUUGGAGUUCCAUACUGACAAAGUUGACAGUAUCCAGUUUUCCAACACUAGUAACAGAUUUGUGAGUGGGAGCCGUGAUGGGACAGCACGUAUUUGGCAAUUUAAACGAAGAGAAUGGAAGAGCAUUUUGUUGGAUAUGGCUACUCGUCCGGCAGGCCAAAACCUUCAAGGGAUAGAAGAUAAAAUCACAAAAAUGAAAGUAACUAUGGUAGCCUGGGAUCGACAUGACAAUACAGUUAUAACUGCAGUUAAUAACAUGACUCUGAAAGUUUGGAAUUCUUACACCGGUCAACUAAUUCAUGUCCUGAUGGGUCAUGAAGAUGAGGUAUUUGUCCUUGAGCCACACCCGUUCGAUCCGAGAGUUCUCUUUUCUGCUGGUCAUGAUGGAAAUGUGAUAGUGUGGGAUCUGGCAAGAGGAGUCAAAAUUCGAUCUUACUUCAAUAUGAUUGAAGGCCAAGGACAUGGUGCAGUAUUUGACUGCAAAUGCUCUCCUGAUGGUCAGCAUUUUGCAUGCACAGACUCUCAUGGACAUCUUCUAAUUUUUGGUUUUGGCUCCAGUAGCAAAUAUGACAAGAUAGCAGAUCAGAUGUUCUUUCAUAGUGAUUAUCGGCCCCUUAUUCGUGAUGCCAACAACUUUGUGUUAGAUGAACAGACUCAGCAAGCACCUCACCUCAUGCCUCCUCCUUUUUUGGUUGAUGUUGAUGGUAACCCUCAUCCAUCAAGAUAUCAGAGAUUAGUUCCUGGUCGUGAAAAUUGUAGGGAGGAGCAACUCAUCCCUCAAAUGGGAGUAACUUCCUCAGGACUGAAUCAAGUUUUAAGUCAGCAAGCAAACCAGGAGAUCAGCCCACUGGACAGCAUGAUUCAAAGACUACAACAGGAGCAAGACCUGAGACGUUCUAGUGAAGCAGGUAUCAGUAAUACCAGCCGUUUAAAUAGAGGCUCUGUAAGUUCUACCUCAGAGGUUCAUUCACCACCAAAUGUAGGACUAAGACGUAGUGGACAAAUUGAAGGUGUACGGCAGAUGCACAGCAAUGCACCAAGGAGUGAAAUAGCCACAGAGCGGGAUCUGGUAGCUUGGAGUCGAAGGGUUGUGGUACCUGAGCUAUCAGCCGGUGUAGCCAGUAGGCAGGAAGAAUGGAGAACUGCAAAGGGAGAAGAAGAAAUAAAAACUUACAGGUCAGAAGAGAAAAGAAAACACUUCGCUGUUCCAAAAGAAAAUAAAAUACCCACUGUUGCAAAGAAUCAUGCUCAUGAGCAUUUCCUGGAUCUUGGAGAAUCCAAACGGCAGCAGACAAAUCAACACAAUUAUCGUACAAGAUCUGCAUUGGAAGAGACUCCUAGACCUUCAGAAGAGAUAGAAAAUGGCACUAGUUCUUCAGAUGAAGGGGAAGUUGUUGCUGUCAGUGGUGGAACGUCUGAAGAGGAUGAGAGAGCAUGGCACAGUGAUGGCAGUUCUAGUGACUACUCUAGUGAUUAUUCUGACUGGACAGCAGAUGCAGGAAUUAAUCUGCAGCCACCAAAGAAAAUUCCUAAGCAUAAAACCAAGAAAGCAGAAAGCAGUUCAGAUGAAGAAGAAGAAUGUGAAAAACAGAAGCAAAAACAGAUUAAAAAGGAAAGGAAAAAAGUAAAUGAAGAAAAAGAUGGACAAAUAUCACCAAAGAAAAAGAAACCCAAAGAAAGAAAACAAAAGAGAUUGGCUGUAGGAGAACUCACGGAAAAUGGUUUGACAUUAGAAGAAUGGUUACCUUCAACAUGGAUUACAGAUACUCUUCCCCGAAGAUGUCCAUUUGUGCCACAGAUGGGAGAUGAGGUUUAUUAUUUCCGGCAAGGACAUGAAGCAUAUGUUGAAAUGGCCCGGAAAAAUAAGAUUUAUAGUAUCAAUCCCAAAAAACAGCCGUGGCAUAAAAUGGAACUACGGGAACAAGAACUGAUGAAAAUAGUUGGCAUAAAGUAUGAAGUAGGAUUACCUACCCUUUGCUGCCUUAAACUUGCUUUUCUUGAUCCUGACACUGGUAAACUGACUGGUGGAUCAUUUACCAUGAAAUACCAUGAUAUGCCCGAUGUUAUAGAUUUCCUAGUCUUGAGACAACAGUUUGAUGACGCAAAAUAUAGGCGGUGGAACAUAGGUGACCGUUUCAGAUCAGUCAUAGAUGAUGCCUGGUGGUUUGGAACAAUUGAAAGCCAGGAACCUCUUCAGCCUGAGUACCCUGAUAGUUUGUUUCAGUGCUAUAACGUUUGCUGGGACAAUGGAGAUACAGAAAAGAUGAGUCCUUGGGAUAUGGAGCUUAUUCCUAAUAAUGCUGUAUUUCCUGAAGAACUAGGUACCAGUGUUCCUUUAACUGAUGUUGAAUGCAGAUCAUUGAUCUAUAAACCUCUUGAUGGAGAAUGGGGUUCCAAUCCCAGGGAUGAAGAAUGUGAAAGAAUUGUUGCAGGAAUAAACCAGUUGAUGACACUAGAUAUUGCUUCAGCGUUUGUGGCCCCCGUAGAUCUGCAAGCCUAUCCCAUGUAUUGCACUGUAGUGGCGUAUCCAACGGAUUUAAGUACAAUUAAACAAAGACUGGAAAACAGGUUUUACAGGCGAGUUUCUUCCCUAAUGUGGGAAGUUCGAUAUAUAGAGCAUAAUACACGAACAUUUAAUGAGCCUGGAAGCCCUAUUGUGAAAUCUGCUAAGUUUGUGACUGAUCUUCUUCUACAUUUUAUAAAGGAUCAGACUUGUUACAACUUAAUUCCACUGUACAAUUCAAUGAAGAAGAAAGUUUUGUCCGAUUCUGAGGAAGAAGAGAAAGAUGCUGAUGUGCCAGGAACUUCUACCCGAAAAAGAAAGGACCAUCAACCUAGAAGGAGAUUACGUAACAGAGCUCAAUCUUACGAUAUUCAAGCAUGGAAGAAACAAUGUCAAGAAUUAUUAAAUCUCAUAUUUCAAUGUGAAGAUUCUGAGCCUUUCCGCCAGCCAGUAGAUCUCCUUGAAUAUCCAGACUACAGAGACAUCAUUGACACUCCAAUGGAUUUUGCUACUGUUAGAGAAACUUUAGAGGCUGGGAAUUAUGAGUCACCCAUGGAAUUAUGUAAAGAUGUCAGACUUAUUUUUAGCAAUUCCAAAGCCUAUACACCAAGCAAAAGAUCAAGGAUUUACAGCAUGAGUUUGCGCCUGUCUGCUUUCUUUGAAGAACACAUUAGUUCAGUUUUAUCAGAUUAUAAAUCUGCUCUUCGUUUUCAUAAAAGAAAUACAAUAACCAAAAGGAGGAAGAAAAGAAACAGAAGCAGCUCUGUUUCCAGUAGUGCUGCAUCAAGCCCUGAAAGGAAAAAAAGGACCUUAAAACCCCAGCUAAAGUCAGAUAUCUCUACCUCUCCAUUCUCUACACCUACACGAUCAAUACCACCGAGACAUAAUGCCACUCAGAUAAAUGGUAAAACAGAAUCCAGUUCUGUAGUUCGAACCAGAAGCAAUCGAGUGGUUGUAGAUCCAGUUACCACUGAGCAGCCAUCUACUUCUUCUGCAGCAAAGGCUUUAAUUUCAAAAGCUAAUACAUCUGCAAUGCCAGGGAAAACAAUUCUAGAAAAUUCUGUGAAACAUUCCAAAACUUUGAAUACUCUUUCAAGUCCUGGUCAGUCCAGUAUUAGUCAUGGCACUAGGAAUAAUUCUGCAAAAGAAAACACAGAAAAGGAAAAGUCAGUCAAACGUAAAGUGAAAUCAUCUGUACUCUCAAAAACAUCCACUCUUUCAAAGUCAUCACCCAUCAUGGAGCAAGCAGAUUGCAGGAACAAUGCUCUUGUACCAGGAAGCAUUCAAGUAAAUGGCCAUGGAGGGCAGCCAUCUAAACUUGUAAAGAGAGGACCUGGAAGGAAGCCUAAGGUAGAAGUUAACACCAAUAGUGGUGAAGUUAUACACAAGAAAAGGGGUAGAAAGCCCAAAAAACUACAGUAUGCAAAGCCAGAAAACUCAGAGCAAAAUAAUGUACAUUCAAUCAGAGACGAAGUAGUUCCUUCUUCAACAUGCAGUUUUCUUUCUGAAACUAAUACUGUAAAGGAGGAUCUGUUACAGAAAAAAAGUCGUGGAGGCAGAAAACCGAAAAGGAAGAUGAAGACACAAAAACUAGAUUCAGAUCUCAUAGUUCCUACAAGUGUUAAAAUGCUAAGGAGAAGUAACCGAAAAAAGACAGAUGAUCCUAUGGAUGAGGAAGAAGAGUUUGAGGAACUUAAAGGCUCUGAACCCCACAUGAGAACUAGAAACCAAGGUCGAAGGACAGCUUUCUAUAAUGAGGAUGAUUCUGAAGAGGAGCAAAGGCAGCUGUUGUUCGAAGACACCUCUUUGACUUUUGGAACUUCUAGUAGAGGACGAGUCCGAAAGUUGACUGAAAAAGCAAAAGCUAAUUUAAUUGGUUGGUAACUUGUACCAAAAUAUUUUACUUCAAAAUCAUAAAGCAGGUACAGUUAAGGAAUACGUAGAACUAAGGCUUCUGCUUCCUUGCUGCUAUGGUGGAUUAGGGAAUGUUUUGAUUUGCAAAAAAAAAACAAAAAACAAAAAAAACACAAACAAACAAACUUACAAGACACUUCACUUCUUUAAAUGAAUAUAUAUAUAUAAAUAUAUACAUAUAUAUUUUAAAUGUUUGCUAUUUAUUGCCUUUAGAUAGGUUAUGCAUUUCAACAUUCAUUUCAUUCACUGUUUGAAACAAAAGAAAUUGAGGACCUAUAAUGAAUUCCCAGUUUAUUUCUGGAAAAGACAGUUCUGCUAUACUCUUAAGGAGCAUAAUAUUCCUAGUGAUAGAGCAUUUCAUGUUAAAAUGAAUUAUUUUUGACCAAGCCAGGUACAUUUCUAUUGAUACAGAAGGUCGUGCCCCUAGGAAGACAGAUGUUACCAGAGUAGCAGUAAAUUCAGAAGUGUGUUUCCUCUAAAGAUAAAUAUAAAAAUUCCCACCAUUUGAUAACCCUAAAAAGUUUAAUUUAACUAUAGAUUGUUCAUCUACAAAGAAUCUAGAUGAGGCUUUUGCUGUAUUCCAUUUCUGCCAAACAUAAGAGAAAAUGUACUGAUGGAAAGGAAACAUAUCCACAUUGGAAAACAUUUGACUGUCUAAUUUUUCAGACCUUGAUUCUUAUAUCAAUCACUCAAUCUCUGUUUAUUGUGCCAAAGACUGAGAAUCAGUGCAGUGGAAAGCCUGUUUUUGACUGUCAGGACAGCAUACACUUUUCAAUAUUGGAAAGGCUAUAUAUUAUUCUAAAGAGCACGUUAUUAAAAAGAGUUAUGCUGAGAUGUAUCUUUUUUUGGUACUUAAUAGUAGAAAAUAAUGCACUGGUGGGUCCUUUGACAGAGAUGUUUUAGAGAAAAUGUUUAAGUGGUUAAAGGAUUCAAGGAGAAUACAGGAAAAAGUUAUGGGAUUUGAUGUUUACUUGUUGAUCUGGAUUAAUGUCGUUUCUAAACUUUAGACAUAUCUAAUAGGCUAAAAUGACUUACAAAGAAAUGUGUCUGUGUGUGUAUGUGUAUAUAUUGAUAAAUGGGUAUAAUUAAAUAUAUAUACAAACACAUACUUAUAUACUAUUACCCAGGUAUAAAUUCUUUUUUCAGGAUUUUUUAGAUAGUGGUAGAAUAAAAAUAAUUUUAAAAUGUCAUACUUUAUAGUUUAAUUUUAAGGGGAAGAUUGGUUAUUUUCAAUUAUUAAAGGUUAAAAUAGGCCAAAUCACUUUUUAUGCAAUCAUGUUUUAUACAGUGGUCUCAUUGCACAUUGUGUUUUUUCUGCACUUUUUAUGGUAUCCUUAUCACGCUGGUAUGUCAAUAUACACCCUAAAGAAAAAUUCCAUUUAAUGAUUGUGCCUUGUAUUCUAUUAUUUUUUGCAUCAUUAGUAAAAUUGAGUUGUCUAUUGUAAAUGAUAACUAUAUGACUUAGGAGAAUGUAUUGCUAUAUGUACUGCUAUGGAAAAGGAAAGCAGUUAUUUAUUUGUUUAUGGUACAGUAGUUAUUUUAUACCUUAAAAACCAACAUAAAUACCAUUUCUAUUGUUUAAAAAUUGUCCAUUUUUUUAAAAGUUUAAAGAAUGUAGUAUUUUCUGAGGACUGGUAUGGUACAAAAAUGUAACCAAAAUUUUCAGAUACUACAUUUUUAAAAAGUGAGGAUGGGAAAAUCUGUAUCAGCAUGACCCUGAUGUAGAAAAAUAAAGUCUUUAAUUGAACCUUGGCAAAAUACAUUACAUAAUUAUUUCUUUACUUAUUUCUGGUAGGGAUAAAUGUUAGCCGUCAUUUAAUUGUCUUGAAGAACAGUGGAAAGUGAUGCAUUUGGGCUUUUUAGAUCAUUUGUACCUAAAUUUGUACAGAAAACCUCCUGUGAAAUUAAGUAAACCAUUUUCCAGAUCUUAACUGGAUUGCUGUGAUUUUGCAGUCGAAAAAUAAUUUCAAAUUUUUCAGGUUUUUUGUAUAUUUAUUUUUUUCUAACAAAUAUAUUUAACUAUAUAAUUAAAAGUCAGUAGUUAAACUCUUCAUAAUGCAGAAAUGGAUGGCUUGGUUGUAUAGUAAAAUGAGUCUUUCAGUUACACCAUUAUUGAGAAUAAUGUGUAUGUUUGAAAUUUAAGUCAUUAAAGUAAUUAGUUGCUUUUGAAGGCAAUCUGUUUGAAACAUGUAAUUUCCUGAUGUUAUCUGCAUUGUGUUGGAAAAAAAAUAGACUAUAAAUCCAUUUUUGUAAAAAAUAAGUGUACAGUUUUAAGGUGUGUACAGAAAAAGGAAGAGCGUACACAGUCUUAGAGUGGAGUAUACCUCUAGUAUGAUGUAUGGAUUCGUUCUAACUCUUGAGCAAAGAAAUGAGUAAUUACCAUCUUACAUGCAACAAGUAAAUGUAUUAUUUCUGUUCUAAAGACACUGUAUAUUUAUGACCUUAUUUGGACAUUAUUAGACAUUGGUUUCUUAGUAAAGCAAAAUUGACAUGGAUUCAGAUUCUUUGUAAUUAAAACAUUUAAAAAUGUAUUCAUAAUAUCAGAUAUAUUUAGAUUUUAUAUUUUUAUAAUUUAGCUUCUAUACAUUGCAAAAGUUGAAUUGAGAAAUUUAUGUCAUCACCAUAUUUUUGUUCUGUUUGACCAGAUAUCAAAAGUAUUGGAAAAAAUUAUCCUCUUUAAGACAGUGACACCAUGUAUGUAUUCUUUGUAGGCCAAAAGAAAAUUUGGCAGUUGUCUUAGGUGAGCAAUAAAAACCUCAAGUUUAUUGAAAGCUUCAGAAAUAUAACUUAUUACAUACAUGGAAAAUAUAAAUCAAUUUCUGUGUUUUUAAGUACCUAAUAAUCUCUCCACUUGGUAGUCUCCAGUCCCAAUCAAAUCUUAUAAAAUUAUAAAAUGUUGCAAAUGAGCAGUAUAAAUCAUUCAAUCAAAUUACAGUCUCAUAACUCUGGGCAAUAGAUCUAUACCUUCUUAAAAUUUUAUCCUGUUUUCUGCUUAAAUUUAUGUACUAAAGAUUUGUUGGUCUUGUUUCCAUUGUUUUUAUUAUUGGCACAGCUUCACAAAUUUGAAGGCUCUUUGUUAACAUUAUUAUGAAACUAUCUUCCUCCUUAAAUUUAAUUAGAGUAACUGUAUAGAAUUAUUGUGGGCUUGAUCAUGUCACAUCUGAAAUACGAGUUUGGCAGAAUUUAGUGUCGCUUGGAAAUGAAUUGCGUUAAGAUAGACUGGUCUGCAAAAAGAUCCUCAUGCAGCACAUGUGUGUUAACACCUAGAACUGACCCUUAUCUGGAGUGUAGUAUAUUAAUCAGACAUUUUAACAGAUGUAUUCAAAUAACAUUUUGCUUAUGUUGUAUUCACAUUUACAUGUUUUAAAAUAUGAUUAAUAAUAUAAAUUAGUUCUUCUAGCUAAUGUUUAAUUCUAGCAUUCCAUUUUAUACAAACAUAGCUUGUAUCUCUCAAAUGUCAACUAAAAGCAAAUUGUUAUUCUGAAUGUUUUUAUUCACCUGAAGUUAAUUUUUGAGUAGGUUGAAAGGACCAAGAUACUUGAGUGUUUAAAGGGCUAUAAGCAUUCUUAUAUGCAGGAAAUACAUGGUUGUAGAGUCAUAAAAGGGGAAGUACUUAUACGUUCUGUGAAUUACCCCCAUACUAAGAAAGUACUUUUUACAUAACAGGUUGUGAUGUGGUUUAGUUAACGUUUAGGUGAGAAUUUAUUUUCCUAUUGAAAUUAGAAAAAUACACCUUUUCCUUACUUUCCUCCUUGCACUUCUCCAAAGUUCCCCAAAUUUCCAAGUGAUUUGAACUGAAUAUUACAUUUACUAAGAAACUACUUAUGUUCUUAAUUAUACUAAGCUAAGCACUCCAAAUGAUGUUUUGUACUAUGUACAGUAACUAAGAAGAGGUCAAAUUGAGUCAGAAGACUGUAAGUACCACUUUUGACGCUCCAGAGAUAAAUCUUGUACACACUACAGUAAAACAACUAGAAAAUAUUAUGAGCUAUAAGUAUAUAUUAUUUUUAGUUUUGAUAGCUCUGUGUUGAAGUACUUCUUUUAAUGCAGAUAAAAUCAUCAGGAAAUUAACCUUUAUAUGGCACAAACCAAAUACGUAAUAGUGGGUGGCUAUGAGUUUCUACAUUUAAGGAGCUAAGAGAAUAGGUUUGAGAUGAUAUAUAGUACACGAUAGGAUACAGAGGCACACACAUGCUCAUGACUUUUAAGAUUGUGUGUGAUUAAUCACAAUGAUAAACUAUAAAUUGAGGCAAAAUACAAAGUUACAUUUUUGGACCAUAUUAAAACUGCAAGAAGAUGAGUCUUAUUAAAGAUCUUUUAGAAAACUGUUAAAUCCUGUCACACGAUAUUUAGACGUGUAGAAUGUAGCUCAAUUUUUUAAAAGUAACUGACCUAGAGGGUUAAAGUUGAAACUGACACAUUUUCAAAUUAAAAUUAUACUUAUUUUGUACAGAAAACAAUGUUAAACACAAGCAAAUCUGUUGUAUGUAAUAAGUAACAGAGUUUAAAGACAAAUUAUUUAGCUUUAUUGAGGUUUUUGUUUUUUUCCUUCCAGAAACCUGGAAGUAUCAUGUUAUAAACGGCAGUCUCACACCAGAAUAGCAGUGCCCUUUCUUUUUGUACAUAUUGAUUGGACCUUUCUUUACUGUUAUGUGGACACUUUCUAUGUUAGUUUUGAUGCAUAAUUCUUUGAAUCCUUUUAUACAAACUAGAAUGUAUGUGUAAGAAUUCCUGUCCCUGCAAUGUAGUAACUACAAACUUAUUUUUAAAAUAAAUAGAAAACUUGUUUUUCUAAGCUAUUUUGUAGAGCCUCCUGAUUUCUUAUUUCCUCUUUUUUUUGUGGGGGGGGGGGUGGUAACACAUAACGUGCUCAGUACAUAAUUUCAACAGGCACUGUACCAAAGAAGCCAUUAUGUAAAUGCUGGUGCAUUAGAGUUUUGCCCUAUUUAGCAAAAUGUUAAAAUUAAUAGCCAGUUAAAGGAUUGUGGGUACACUAAUUCCAAAAUAACCAAAGGUUGAAAAUAAGUCACUUGCCUUUUAAUGUGUACAUUUUAUUUUAAAUUAUUAAUUUGUUACUAUGUGCAAGUUACUGUACUGGGUGAUAAAUAGUAUUCAGAUAUGUAAGAUAAUUCAAAGGAACAGUUUGUGUAAGUAUUUUUUCAAAAA